UAAACCCUCUGCAACUUUCGCCACCGGCCCCUCCCAAUUCCCAUCAUUUCUAUUUUCUAACCACCCAUCGAUAAGGCUUUCAAACAUGGCCAUCCAAAUUACGCUUCUAAUUCUCAUGCUCACCGCACCGGCUGUCUACGGAGUACAGCACACCGUUGGUGGCACUAACGGUUGGACGCAAAGUGUAAAUUACGACACCUGGGCUGCCGGUGAAACAUUUGUUGUUGGUGACACUCUUUUGUUCACCUACACCAGUAGCCACAGUGUGGACACUGUGAGUCAAGCUGACUACACCAGUUGCAGCUCUACCAACCCCAUCUCUUCCAAUUCAGACGGAAGCACAACAAUCGACCUCCCCAAGACUGGCUCAAUGUACUUCAUAUGUCCCACAGCCGGUCACUGCCUUGGGGGCAUGAAGCUUCAAGUCAAUGUCAUUGCUGCAAACGGCACAUCACCCACCACCCCGUCACCCCCGCCUAGCACAACUACUCCUUCAGGCACUCCUUCGACCACCCCGCCCUCCACUACCGUCUCAUCGCCACCACCGCCACCGCCUAGUGGAGCAGCUAGUAUUUAUUGUAACAUGAAUAAUAUGUUGUUUGGGUUUGCGGUCGUGCUAGGGACCAUGUUUGCAUUCAUGGGCUAGCUAGGCGAGAGGCAGUGCUACAUAUAUUCACCUAAUGUUCCUGUUGGUUUGUUGAAUACUUGAAUUGUGUGAGUCAUUAUUGAAUGAGGGAUGUAGAUUUUCUGUCAAUAUGAUAUUGUGACUGAAUAAUAUGUUCUUUUGACUUUAA